UUCAUACCGAUCGACACUUUGCCAUCGUCCUCAUACGAUAAGCAUUCACACGCUGGAACACCGAAGUUAGUAUCCGGUAAACUGUGCAGAAACUAUAGCGGAUUUACGUCGAAGAAAUUCACAAAAGCCGACAAGAUGACUCUCGUACAACCCACCAUGGAAAUGCAACAGCACAUCCGCACUGAGCUAAACGAAGACGUGUCGACCCGGGAGAAGGAUCUGGAACAUAUCAAGGAAUGGUUACGUUUGCAACCGCACUUGCCGCAAUUUCAAGACGAUGCUCGCAUCAUGACAUUCCUCCGAGGAUGCAAAUUCUCUCUGGAAAAGACUAAGAGGAAGUUGGACAUGUACUUCACAAUGAGAGCAGCUGUACCGGAGUUCUUCAGUAACCGAGACCCAACAUUACCGGAAAUCAAAGAAAUAAUGAGAAUCGCAAACGUACCACCACUUCCGGGUUUGACGCCAAAUGGACGCCGUGUGGUCAUGAUGAGUGGUGUUGAUUUGGAACAAAUGGCCGCUACUGUAGCUGAUGGUAUGAAAGUAGUGUUGAUGAUCGGUGACAUAAGAUUAAAGGAGGAAAACGUUGGCGUGGCUGGAGAUGUGUACAUUUUGGAUGCCAGCGUGGCCACACCAACGAAUUUCGCCAACCACUUUGCCAAGUUUACGCCAUCUCUGAUCAAAAAGUUCCUCAUUUGUGUACAGGAAGCCUAUCCAGUAAAAUUAAAGGAAGUGCAUGUCAUAAAUGUUUCACCACUUGUUGAUACUAUCAUCAACUUUGUGAAGCCAUUCCUCAAAGAGAAAAUACGUAACAGGAUCCACGUACAUUCGUCGUUAGACUCUUUAAACGAAUUUGUACCAAGGGACAUGCUUCCAGAAGAAUAUGGAGGAAAAGCUGGACCGAUAGCUGACAUUAACCGCCAAUGGUACGAAAAAAUGGUGACUUACAAGGAUUGGUUCCAGGAACAAGAAAAAAUCAAAGCCGACGAGUCCCGACGUCCUGGAAAGCCGAAGACCCAUGACGAUUUAUUUGGAAUGGAAGGUUCCUUCAAACAACUUUCUAUCGAUUGAAUGCAUCAGUAUUGUUUUAAAAAAAUUAAUUUUAUACGAUUUACGCAUAUUUUUAUAUUGUUCAUAAUGUGAACAUUUCACAAACUGGGUGGUAGCCUAGACAUUUUUUUUUUAAAUAUAGAUUUUAUAUAAUUUGAACUAUAUUUAAUGCGAUUUCCUUGAGACCAAAGCAAUUAAACAAUUUUUUUUAUACACAUUGUAGUAUGAGUUUUAAUUUUUUGAAGUAAUCCUAUUAGUGGUUUUGUUUUGUUUUUUUUUAAUAAAUGUUUACUUUAUACAUAAAUGUAUGCAGAAUAGUGCACUUCUCUUCACAAUUUUAACGCCAGCAUAUAUUAAUUUUUGUUAUUAUUAUAAGGAUACUUAGUUUAUUUUCUAGUU